AUACCGCGCAGUUGAAUCUUAUACGUACGGCUAUGAACGAGUAUGAAAAGUAUACGUGCAUCCGGUUUGAACUGAGGACGAAUCAAAAGGAUUACAUUAAAAUCGUUAGCGACAAUACCAGAUGCUGGAGCUACGUUGGCAAGAUUGGCGGUGAACAGAUAAUAAACUUACAAAUUCCUGGUUGUGUAACAAAGAAGGGUACUGUAGUACACGAGAUCAUGCACGCUGCGGGUUUUUGGCACGAGCAGAGCAGAGAUGACCGAGAUAAAUACGUGACUAUCAUCUGGGAUAAUAUUCAAGAACGUACGUAUUCGCAAUCUCUUCAAACAGUAAAAGAUUUAAAAUAAGCAGAUUAACUCUUUUUAAUAAAUAUUUGAUCAAAGUUUGCAA